CUACUUGGGUCCUAACGCCUGAAACAAUAAUGUUUUAAAUUUUAACAUGCUAGAUAAACCGGGGCAUUUAAAACGGACACAAUGCAACGAAAAUGAAGAGCUGUUCUCAUAAUAUCAGUGGACUAAAUAUUUUGUACGAUUUUUAACCAGAUUAGUGUAAAAAAGCGUUUACACUUUUUUCAUUUUGGGAUCAUAUUGCACAAUUAAAAUUAUUAUCCUUAAUAUACUGAUUGAGAAAAUGAUCUAAAAUUGUGCACAGAAAUUAUCGGUGUACUCAUCACACAACAUGAAACGGUACACUAAUCUCGAAAAAACAUUCUGGUCCCUUCAUAUCAAAUCAAAUUCGCAAUGAAGUCCCUUUAAGAGGUAAUGCAUGAUUUUCGGAAAAUUACAGUGACGUAAAACUUUUGUUCCUGUCACUAGGCGGAUUUAUUGACAGCCGCAACUUGUUUUAGAACGAAUAUCUGCGCGUUUCGAGAAGGACGUUUAACGAACGGAGAUAUAAGGACUAAAAGAGGCCAAACAGGAAUGUCCAGUACAUUUUGGUAGUUACAAUAUGGGCCAGAUAAACUCCAUCUCUGCGGUUGACAGUUUAACAGAAAUGGAAGGUUCAAGCCAAUAUCAGAUUAUUCAAGGCAAUGGGGGAAUGCCUGUUACAUGGCAACACGACAAGGCUCUGGGGGAAUGUAUGAUUGAACUUUAUGAAAAAAGUCUCUGGACCGACGUCAAGUUCAAAUGUAAUGGCCACAACGAACAGGAGCGAAUUCACACGCAUAAGCUUGUUCUUGCGGCAAGAAGCCCAGUGUUUCAGGCAAUGUUUUUUGGUCCGUGUUCAUACGAUUAUGAAGACAUUGUGCUGGACAAUACCGGAGCAGAAACUUUUGAUAUUUUCCUAAGGUUUCUGUAUACGGACAAUGUGAACUUGACCCAAGACAUAGCUGUAUCAGUGCUCGAGGUAGCUCAUUAUUAUCAGGUGACAACUCUGGUGAAGUUAUGUGCUGGUUUUAUAGCUUCAUGUAUUACAUCUGAUAACGUACUUGAUACGUUAUCAAUUGCUCGUCGCUACGAUGUCAUUUCUCUUUGUAAUGCAUGUUGCAGCUUUAUUGACCAGAACGCUGAUAAAAUUAUGGACUCGGAAGGAUUCCUCAAACUGACAGAAGAUACCCUGACAUACAUUUUAAAAGGUGACCUAUUCUUUGCAGAGGAAGUUGUUAUAUUUCAAAAUGCCGAAAAGUGGGCACAGAAGAAAUUAGAGGAAUGCAACCUCAAGCAAAAUGGGCAAAAUAUCAGAAAAAUUUUAGGUUCGGCAUUUUUUCAUCUAAGAUUACCAACUAUGACAUCGGAAAACUUAUUAAAAUGUACUCGUAAGAAGGGUUAUUUUACUAUGGAUGAGUAUGAGGAACUCGUAGAUUGUAUGAGCCAAACGUCUGAUACAACUGUUAACCGCAAUUCACGCUUUCCAAGACUCCCGACUGAGGAACAUGUGUACUGUACCGAUGAGCAAAGCAAAAUUAUUUCCGUUGACAGAUUGAAUACAGGUUUUCAAAUAACUGUCAGCAGAGAUGUUAAACUUAAAAAGAUUGAGCUUGCGAAAAUAAAUACAUGUGUGAGAUAUGGUGAUUUGUUCGGCACGGAUGGCAACACAAUGCAGGUUACAAAAGAUGACAUAUUUUAUAGAUAUCAAGACUUUGUCGUUCGACCAUUUCAAAGGUACCCAAACAAUUAUUUUCUUGUAUAUAAUCUGUUUUGUCGUGAAACUAUUCCUGGUGUACAAGUGCCAAUAUCAGGACAAUUGAAUGUGACAUGUAGCAAAAGCGAAGAAGCUGAUGGAAAUGAUCAGAAUAAAAAGGAAACAAGGCAAAAUGAAUAUCUGGUUCUCGAGAAAGAUUUGAAUUUUAUAUCUGUGGAAAGCACUCUUCAAGAUAUAAGUUUUGAAGAGCCACUUCUUCUUGUAGAGUCAAGAUCGCCAUAUACUUUUACGAUAAACAUGGAAUGUAAAUCAAGAUACUUGUUUAACUUGAAGACAGCUUGUAGUGAGAAAACAUGUCCAUCAAGCAAGUACAGUGGCAUUUUAGUACAGAACGUAUAUGGAGAAUUUACCGGUAUCCGAAGUCUCUGUUUUAAGAAUAUAUCGAAUCGUGAAUAAUGUUUAGAAUAUACACGCAUAGUAAAUGUAAUUUUGCUACAUACAUUGUUUGUAGAACCACCAGUUUACCGUAGUCAUCGCAUAUCUCAGUGCAAAAUAUGUACAAUUGUAUCCAUGUAAUAGUUAUCUGAGGAUAUAUGCAGGUCAAACUACUGUUGCAAUUUUAACUUAACUUUACAGAAGUGAUCAGUACCAUCCCUUGUUGUACACAUCACUGGCACAUUCAGCUUUGCUGCAAAAAAAUGGCCGCCAGAGCUAAAAAAUAGAAAAAUCUUAUCCGGCUUUCACAGGUCAAACUACUAGUAGGAUUUCUACCAAACUUUACAGGAGUGAUCAUAACUAUCACAAGUUGUGCAUAUCGCCGGCAAGUUCCGCUUCGCUGCUCAAAAUUGCCGACAGAGCUAAAAAUAGAAAAAAACUUGUCCGGCCUUCACAAGUGAAUCUCCUGUUGGGAUUUCAACUAAACUUUAUGAAGUGAUCAGUACCAUCCCUUGUUGUGCACAUCGCCGGCACGUUCCGUUUCACUGCGUAAAAUGGCGCUUAAAAAAGAAAAAUCUUGUCCGGCCUUCACAGGUUAAACUAUUGGUGGGAUUUUAACCAAACUUUACAGGAGUGACCAUACAUAGUUUUGGGAGGCAUAUGUUUUAGAUUACAUUGAUGGCAUGAUGUAUCAAAUAUGUGUGUGGGCCGGGCUUCGUAAUACAGUUGAAUGUGAACAUUUACAUUUGUAUAUAGUAUUAUUUGUCAUCAGAGUUCAAAUUAGUGUUACUUACAAUAUUUGAUAAUAAUUGAUCGGUAAUUUCUUUGCUGAUAUGAAUAUGACUCAAUGCUACUCAGCUAGUAUACAAAUUAUAACUUAUUAGAUGGAAUAUUUAAUAUCAUUCUCAGAUUAAAGUUUGUAGAUAUAUAUACUUUAACAUUUUCGAAAUAUUAAAAUCAUUUUUAUUUUAAAAUGUAAAAUCGAUAAUUCUUUUUGAAAGCUUUUAUGAAUGAUCAAUAUUUUGCCAACGUGUCUAUUAACACUUCUUUGUUGCAAAGCGUCUAAGUUAUUUACAAAGAAUGAAUAGAAGUCAGCUGGCAGUACAUGCAUGUCAAUGUCAUAAUAUUCAUAGAUCGGCGUUGUAUAGAACGCAAUCGCUUUACGAACGAAAUAAUUUAGUAUUCAUAAGAAAUAAGAUAUUUUGAGUGUACUUUCACCUGAAAUUUAUCGAAUUGCUAUUAAUAAAUAUAAACACCUAUACAAUAUUUUUAUAUUUAAUAUUAAUGAUUUAAACGAUUUUUCCUUUGCA